AUGCUUCUUGGCGCUGCCUUCCGUCGCUUUUCCGUCGUCAACAGAAUUUCGCGUUCAUUUUACUCCACCCACACAAAGCCUCCACCAUAUUCUAGACGCACCAUUUGUGUUAACAAUCUCCCGGAAGGAUACGAUGCCGCCAAUAUCGUCGACUCCAUUCGGGCCAAUCCAGUCGAGUCGGUGACACCAUCCAAAAACCAUCUUUCAGUCCGAUUUCUCAGCGAAGAGAUGGCCAGGAAAUGCAUCUCCAACAAUUCCUUAAGCAACCUGUCGUUAACAUUGGAAGAGGACGUGUCGUCGCAGCCAUCUGCUCAUCUAGUCGCCGAGAUAGGAUUCAACCAUUUAUCACGGGCAUUCAGAAUUAUCAACCUACAGCCAGACUUUGAUGAAGAGAAAAUGAAGGAGAUCAUUUAUUCUUAUCUGGGCGUGGAGUACUUCAGUGUCGGUCCAGAGCGGCGACAGGUAGACGUCCGUUUCUUGGAUAUUUGGCAAGCAGCAAUGGCGCGUCGCGCAUUUCUUGAGUACCCCGGCUUCCCAGGAUCUCGGGUCAUAUCUAUGGUAGAGGAAGAUCCUAACUAUAUUUUCCCGGAUUGGUACCCAAGUGCAGAAGACAACAGAUUGAAUCUCAAUCGGAUCGUGGUGAUGUCUAGCCUUAGUACUCCAGAACGGCUCGGGUUUUGUAUGGAUAGCAUUAGAAACACCGAACAACACUUGGUGCUAUUCAGAGGGCUUUACAAAAAAGACAAGUCGAUGAGGCUACGCUUCAUAACCGAGGCCUCUGCUCUUCAGUUCUUCGACUCCAUUCAGUCCUCAGCUGAAGCAGCGGGGGUCAAGGCAUACCUAGAAGAGGACAUCCAUACCGUACCUCGCGGAGUAGUCACUGCCAUCAGCUUGGGUGCAUCUCGAGUGGUUUGCCUACGCAUCAAUAGGGAGCGACGGCGUUCUAUCCAAAACUACCGGUCAACAUUCGUCCAAUACGGAGCUCUGGGGAAAGUUUCUGAGAAAUUCAGUGAUGAUUCACCCUUUGGGGUAGUCUUUCUUACAUAUAAUAGCAUAUUCAGCGCAAUGAGGUGCUUAUAUGACUUGUCGUGGUCGACAAAGAACAUUCCGGGGCUAGGGGACGUUCGCAUUAAUUUCCUUGGUGCCGAACAUUUGGUUCCAUCUGUCAUCCCACCAGAUGAAGUAGCGGAAGGUAGAUUCUCUUCCUCGGCAGAGUAUCAACGCCAACAUACCUGAAAUUCGCCUGGCUGGAAGAUGUCUAUACGUUGAUUAUUCGGAUUCUCGAGUUAACUUCACGCAUUUAAAAAAGGCUUUUCUAGUCCACGUAUAAUGUUGGUGUACAAGAACAUCGCGAUUGAGGCGCCCUAAUCUCAUUCUGAAAUAUACAGCUUGUAUUUUAGGGUUUGUUGCCCGCCGAACUUGCCUCAGUCCCGCUUCUAUGGUAAUGGGGGUGAAGAUACAAGUGUAUUCUCGGCUUUUGACUCAGGAAAACGCGAAAUACUAGUGUUGACAUAGUAGGUCUACUGUUAGAG